AUGUUAAACAUGCAUUUCCAACGCCAAGUAAAGUCACUACGUGUGUUUUGCGAUAUGUGUGGCUGGAAAGGAGUGUUAUCACUCUAUAUCAAAGAACACUCCUCCUGUGAUGAAAAAAACAAGAAAGUUUCAGAAGCAGUUAAAGAGUACGAGAAUCUUGGCAAAACACCGAUUGCCAACAUUCUCCAUAGGAGACUGAGACAAGAGAUCCAGGAGAUUAAACAAAAGUCAGAAGAAGAGGAGAAAAAGCCUGAUUGCGAAUUAGAUUGGCGGGAGUUAAAGGACGAUACAGAUCUGAAGAGGACAGCUGAAGUUCUACGGCAGAAAGAAAUUGCAUUGCUAAAGGCACAAAGAGAGCUUGUGGAGGCUCAGAGAGAACUUGACAAAAAGGGGGGCCAGAUAACAUUCAUAGCAUCAGAUAGGGUUGCGGCUAUAGUUGGAAAGGCAUACGGAGUUGACUUCAACAGUCAUGGGCAGAUGAUUGUCAGUGGGUGGGGAGAAAAUAAGGUGUUUAUAAUUAACGAAAACAAACUAGGAAAGUCAAUAGGAGAACAUCAGAUCAUCCAGCCUGCUGAUAUAGCAGUAGACGAUCAUGACUAUAUUUAUGUUAGCAGUAAGCACAAGUUUCAGAAGUUCACAAGCAGUGGUGAAUUAAAGGAAUGUGCUGGUAGUUAUCAGGCCAGCAGUGAUGAUGGGGAAUUUAAUGAUCCACGUGGAAUAACCAUAUAUGAUAACCGAGUGUAUGUGUGUGAUCGCAAUAACCAUCGCAUUCAGGUAUUUGACCUUGACUUGAAAUAUGUGGAUUCCAUUGGUUCCUAUGGAAACAGGAAGGGAGAAAUAGAUGCCCCUUAUGAUGUAAAAUUUGACAAGGCCGGAAAUAUGUACAUAGUUGAGUUGGGCAACAGAAGGGUACAAGUAAUGGAGACUGAUGGCCAAUUCAGAACGUUUGGUCAAAAAAGGGUAGGCAAUAUAGGUCUCCCGACAGGCCUCCAUGUUGAUAAAGACAAAAACAUAGUCUAUAUUUCCGAUUUUGCCGAUGAUCGCAUUGUAGUUUACACAACGUCAGGUGUUUUUGUUACCACUCUUGGGUCUCAUGGUCAAAGAGUUGGUCAGUUACAUUCACCAUACUGUAUGACCUCUCAUAAAGGCAAACUGUAUGUAUGUGACUCUGGAAACAACAGAGUUCAGACAUUUGAUCUAAUUAGUUCUCCCCAAUAGUUUUGUAUCACAAUAUUAUUAUUUCUGCUAUUUCCAAUAGAUGUAUCAUAAUUAUUCACAAGGUGUCAAAAGUAGACCAUCUGGCUACCAGCUAAGACCACACAUGAGCGGUUUAUAAUUCAUUCGAUUUGUCAGGCGAUAGCAGUGUUUGUGCACGG